AUGUUGCAUAAACAAAUUUACUAUUUGGACAAAUACGACAAUGAGGAGUUUGAGUACUGGCACGUCAUGUUGCCCAAGGACAUAGCCAGACUGGUCCCUAAAACCCACUUGAUGUCUGAGUCUGAGUGGAGGAACCUUGGUGUCCAGCAGAGUCAGGGAUGGGUCCAUUACAUGAUGCAUGAACCAGAGCCUCACAUCUUGCUAUUUUGGCGGCCACUGACCAAGAAGCCUAAGAAAUGA